GCCACCUGUCAAAGUCCAUCAGUGCCAGCUGUCAGUGCCACAUGCCAGUGCCUAUCAGUGCCACAUCAAUGCCACAUAUCACUGCCUUUCUGUGUCAUUCAUCAGUGCCAGUCAGUGCCACCUAUCAAUGCCAAUCAGUGCCACUUAUCAGUGCCGCCUAUCAGUGCCAUGUAUCAGUGCUGCCUUUCAGUGCCCACCAGUGAUGCCUGUCAAUGCCCAUCAGUGCCACCUACCAGUGCCUCCUUAUCAGUGCCCAUCAGUGCCACCUAUCAGUGUCCAUCAGUGCAGCCUCAUUAG